AUGUCUCCCUCGGUGGACGAAGCCGGGAGUCUGUCUCCAACCAACUCUCGCGAUGACGAUGAGAACUCGCAGCACCCUCGUAAGCGUCAGCGUGUCCGCUUGAGCUGCCUGGAGUGUCGUCGGAGGAAGUUAUCCUGUGACAGAGGCUACCCCUGCCAGCGGUGUCUGAAAAGCGGCACGCCGGAUCGCUGCACCUACGAAACCAAGUCGGGAGUUGUCUUGAACGCAAGCUCCGGUGUUCCGCCUGCGUUUGCUCAGCUCGACUCACGCAGAAAUGGCGAAUUGGUCAUGCCUGGCAAGGAGGCCGACAUGUCCGUCAUCCGCGAGGCAGCUAAGGACCACGACCGUAUACGCCGCCUUGAGCUGGAGGUUUCUCAGCUCAAAACUCAACUCACACGACAGGCCAUGUCCUCAUUCGACGGAAGCACCGUAGCCGGUACCAACUCACCACUCACUCAAAAGGACGAGACCAGUGAAGCGCCCGCGGAUCCCUGCGCGAACAACUCGGAAAUGCAGUCUUGCUGGCAUCAGUACAGCGAUGGGGACAAGUCCGAGCUCCGCUUUUUCAGGGGGAAGGAGUUCAGGACGCGGUAUUUUGGGCCUCACAACGCGACGAUGGCGUUCAUCGAGUUGACCGGACUGUGUCCCUUCAUGAAGGAGACCGCAGAUGAGUGGCUGAAGCCGGUCAAGGCUCAUGACCGGAAAGAUCGCAAGAAGCGUAAGGAGGAUCGGGACAAGUUUUAUCUCCAGCCCGACCCUCGGCUCGAGUCUCUGCUUCCACCCAAAGACCACUGUGAUGCCCUGGUGGAGGUCUACAUUGACCAGUUCGAGCAAAUGCACCGCAUCAUCCACAUUCCUACGUUCCGUAGGGAAUACUCACAGUUCUGGGAGAACCCGACCGAAUCCCGCUACGCCGCGCUCACUGCUCUCGUCUUGGCAAUCUGCGCCGUUGCAAAUUGCAUCCACACCCAUGAGUCUUUGAGGUUCACGGGCAUGAUUUCGAAUGCGCACACUACUGCCGAGAAAUGGAUCAAGGCUGUCGAAGAGUGGCAGAGCCGUCAGAGCAUGAAGCACCGGAAACUCAUUCACUACCAGAUCGCCUGCUUGUUGUAUCUCAGCAAGCGGGUUAACACGGUGAAGAAGAAGCGCUUUUGGACGAACUCGGGAGCUCUCAUCCAGGAUGGAAUUUCAGUCGGCUUGCACCGGGAGCCUAGCCACAUGUCGGGCAAGAUCUCAGUGUACAACCAGGAGAUGAGACGGAGGAUAUGGGCAACGGUUCAGGAGUUUGACAUGCAAGCCUCCUUCGACCACGGCCUGCCCACGCUGGUGAGCCAGCUGCACUACGAUGUGCAACCGCCGAGGAAUUUGGACGAUGAGGAUUUUGACGAGGACACCACCCAACUGCCUCCGUCCAAACACGGGAAGGAAUAUACUUACUCCUCUUACCAGAACCUGGCCCGUCAGAGUCUGCCCCUGCGCAUGGAGUUGAGCCGGCUUCUCUGCGGGCCGCCAGGAGAGAUAGACUAUGAUCAAGUCAUCCGAUACACGAACGACAUUACGCACGAAAUCGACUCUUUGCCCUCGUGGGAACACAACAACAACAACACACACGGCGGCAAGCGCCCACUUCUCGCCUACACUCUACUUCACAUCCAGCUCCGCCAGUACAUCAUCCCCCUCCACCAACCCUUCCUCAAGCUGCGCAAAUCCAACGCCAAGUACCAGUACUCGGAAAUCAUCUACUACAACGCCGCGCGAGACAUUGUUCUUCUGCACGACAAGCUCUAUGAGCAGGGCAUCCGUUGCCUCAACUUCCUCCGCGAAGACGCUCUCACAACGGCCGUCAACCUCUGCAGCGUCACCAUGCUGCAGCCGCGCGGCUCCACGAAUAUGAUCAUGAUCAACUCCCAACACACUGUCAAGCUCCUCGAGAAGUGUCUGUCCAUGAAGGAAGAUAGACUCCUCCGUUGCGGCAACACCGAGCCGUGGGGCUACUCCAUCAUGUGCUCGGCCCUCGGCCUGCUCGAGGCGCAUCUGGGCACAAAGACGACUGAACAGGCCAAGGCCUCGUCCGCGGAGCGAUUUGUCAACCUGCACUACAAGCUGCUGGCGAACCAGGAGCCCCCGGUGUCGAGUCAGCAAUCGGAACUCUCCAAGAUCCCCGGCUUGGAGGUUCCGGAGAGACCAAAGGUGAGCAUCCCCGACUUCCUCCCGGCGUCGUCGUCGGGCAUUGAGCAGCUGCUGACCCACCUCUCAAAGUCGGUCACGCCAUUCUCAUUCCAGGGUUAUCCGUCGUCGCAGAACACUGUCGACGGACUCCUGCCUCAGCCGCUGCCGUGGAUGCCCUCAUCCAUCGACCCGCAGGUGAGUCUUCACGGCGACUUCUCCCCAGCACUCGUCGCUGACAGUGUGUUGGCAAAGGCGCAGUCGUUCAAUCCCGACUUUAGUCUUGAAGCUCUGGGAUUGAACUUGAACGAGUUGUGGGGAGAGUCGUGGGACUUUAGCUGA